UUCAUUUUCAAGUAUGGCACAAUGAACUCUGCGUACACUUAAAUCAAGUCUCAAUAAUCUGAAAGAGUUCGGUGAAAUUUACGGUCUCAAAGGCAUAAAUUGUGCUCACACUAUUCGAACUAUUCAGUAGCACGAGGAUUAGACGCUCAAGCGACAACAGAUGUAGCAUCACUUUUAGCACGACUUUUUGGCAUUUAAAAAUCGUGCGCUCAAAAAACUGCAGAACCCAAAAUUGUUCUCGUCCCCUCCCUGCAGCUCCGCAUGGAUCGACAAAUCCCACAAUCAUCUCCUCUGUAACUCGCUCGAUUCUCAUAUUUGCUUUCAUGAAACAACGAGCUUCAGCAGCUAAGCUAACAACAAACAAAAUGCAGCAAGCCAGCAAUGCCGAUUAUGUGGGGUUAGAAGGUUCAGCCUCUCCCAAAUUGGAAAAUUUCUCCAAGGUAUCAAUAAUCCCUCUCGUUUUCCUCAUUUUUUACGAGGUAUCCGGGGGACCCUUUGGCGUCGAAGACAGUGUCCAAGCAGCAGGGCCCCUUUUAGCUUUGCUCGGUUUCGUGCUUUUCCCGUUUAUAUGGAGCGUGCCGGAAGCUUUGAUUACGGCAGAAUUAGGCACAAUGUUCCCCGAAAAUGGAGGUUAUGUCGUGUGGGUAUCGUCAGCUUUGGGUCCUUAUUGGGGCUUUCAGCAAGGGUGGAUGAAAUGGCUGAGUGGGGUUAUCGACAAUGCAUUAUAUCCCGUUUUAUUUCUAGACUAUCUGAAAUCUGCCUUUCCUGUUCUUGAAAAUGGUUUAGCCCGUUCGAUUUCAAUUCUUGGGCUCACAAUUGCCCUCACUUACAUGAACUACAGAGGGUUAACAAUAGUCGGGUGGGUCGCUAUAUUGCUCGGCGCUUUCUCUUUGCUCCCUUUUGUUUUUAUGGGAUUCGUCGCGAUCCCUCAAUUAGAACCUUCUCGAUGGCUCGUGCUCGACUUGGAAAAAGUCGACUGGGCUCUGUAUUUAAACACCCUUUUUUGGAACUUAAAUUAUUGGGACUCCAUUAGUACGCUCGCCGGCGAGGUGGAAAAUCCCGGCCGAACCCUCCCCAAGGCUCUGUUUUACGCCUUACUUUUAGUCGUGGUCUCGUAUUUUUUCCCUCUCUUGAUAGGCACCGGGGCCCGUAAUAUCCCACUCGACCGAGAAAUGUGGAGCGAUGGGUAUUUUUCGGAUAUCGCGAAAAUGCUCGGAGGCGUGUGGCUGAGAUUUUGGGUCCAAGGGGCCUCGGCACUUUCGAACAUGGGGAUGUUUGUGGCGGAAAUGAGCAGCGACUCUUUUCAGCUGCUCGGGAUGGCGGAAUGCGGGAUGCUUCCGGAAUGUUUCGCGAGGAGGUCUCAAUACGGAACCCCACCCGUUGGGAUUUUAUUCUCCGCUUCUGGUGUAGCGCUCCUCUCGUGGCUCAGCUUUCAGGAGAUUGUGGCUGCGGAGAAUUUCUUGUACUGUUUCGGGAUGAUUAUGGAGUUUGUGGCGUUUGUGAAGCUGAGAGUGGACCUUCCGGAAGCUUCUAGACCGUACAGGGUUCCUGUGGGGACUGUCGGAGCAGUUUUGAUGUGCGUGCCGCCGUCGUUGUUGAUAUUAGUUGUGUUGGCAUUGGCUUCUGUGAAAGUGAUGGUUGUUAGCCUGUUUGCUGUUUUGGUAGGGCUUGUUUUGCAGCCUUGCCUCAAGUACAGUGAGAAGAGACGGUGGUUCAGAUUUUCGAGCCGGUUGGGUUCGGAGUUUCACUUUGGUUAUCAGACGGUUAGUGUCGAACCGUGAUUUUGAUCAUUUUGGAUUUUUUGCGGGUGUUUUCUCUAAGUGAAAGGGGGACUCCUUUGACUUGUGUGGUGUGGUUUUUCAAUGAUGAAAUUCAUGAUUAUUGUUUGGGGUGGAGUUCACAAGUGGUUGAGUGGUUGAGGACUCUGUAUUGGCUUGGAAAUUAUUAGGUUAUGGUAGAAAUUGUCAUUUGUGUAGGAUGUAUACACAUGCAGAGGAUUAUAAGCUUGUAUCUUUCUCUAUAGGCAAGUGUUAUAUUAUUAUUACUAGAACUCUUAAAUAAACCAUGCUUUUCUUUUGAGCAAAAAUCUUUGCUUGG